AUGGGUUGGGGAAGCAUCUACAUUAGACGCAUGAAAGUUUUCUCAUUGGCACUUCUAAUCUACUUAGACUAUAAGGCAUUAAAGCACAGGGAGAAAUGGAUAAACAGCUCUGAAAGAGCAGGUUUAUGGGAGAAAGCUCAUGAGCGAAAUGCUAAACGUAUUGUUAACUUGAUUAUAGAGCUGGAAGGUUUGUGGGUAAAAAUGGGGCAAUAUUUCUCCGUGCGUGCGGACGGGCUUCCUGGUGCGUACCCACGCCAUCUGAAGCAGUUACAGGACUCACUUCCUCCUCGCUGCUUAAAAGAGGUUCAGAAAACCAUACAGAAGGAGAUGGGGAAAUCAAUAAAUGAUAUAUUUACAACUUUUGUUGAGAAACCCCUUGCAACAGCAUCAAUAGCACAAGUUCAUCGCGCAACACUACGUGAUGGGAAAGAGGUGGUUGUUAAAGUUCAACAUGAAGGCAUCAAGACAAUAAUCUUGGAGGAUUUGAAAAAUGCAAAGUCAGUAGUAGAGUGGAUAGUUUGGGCAGAACCAAAGUUUAAUUUCAACCCUGUUAUAGAUGAAUGGUGUAAAGAAGCACCCAAGGAACUAGACUUCAACAGGGAAGCUGAAAAUACUAGAAAAGUUUCGAGUAAUCUUUGCUGUAAAAAAGACUGUUUGGACAAAAAACCUGAGCACCCGUGUUAA